AUGAAAAAUUAAGAGUGAAACACUUCCGAUAACCCCAUGGACUUUUCCCGCUCUCUUUCUCCCCGACACUUUGUGUUCUCUCUGUGUGUGAUUUUGAGUAUCGCACGAUGGUUUUGUGGGCCCUUGGGGACAAUCUUCUGGGGCAGUUUUGGCUUCAUGUGCGCAAAAUGGAAUUGGCUGCAUCGCCAGAGGAAAUGAUCACCUCAAGUGAUCUGUAAUUGUUGUUUACUGUGGCAGAUUAACGGGCGCAAAAAGACACGGAAUUGCUUCGAGUGUUACUUAAUUAAAUCUUGCGUCAAUAUUUGCUGAAGAAUUAAAGUGGGAGAAACAGGAGAAGAUUGAUAAAUGCAAGGACUUUGAUUCACUGGUCGUUAUCUCUGUUGAAUUCAAUCAAUAAAUCGUCAGUUAUGCAUUUCCUCAUCCCAUGAAGUUCUGGACACUCAGACAAAACAAGGAAUUAAUUCAAAUCACUGAUUAGAUUGCGAAAUUUUUAUUUUAUCAACAUGCAAUUUGGAUUUUGGACAAGUACAAAAAAAAGAAUGAUGAAAGAACUCCCGAUAAGAUGGCUAUAAAUGGAAAAUUUAUUUAGAAAAAAAACAUUCCUUUUUGAUCAAAAUAUCCUUCUUCGGAGAUAUUUAGAGACUUUGAAGAUCAGACAAUAAAGAAAUUGAGUAAAAGAAGCGGUAAAGUAUUUAUUUUGAGCCCUCAAAAGUGCUCAAUUGCACAGUAGAGAUGGAAAAUUCCCUCGGGCGCUGCUUUCCCCCCUCGAAAGCCCCACAAUUCACCGCUGUGUUCGCAUUUGUUGGAGUGUAAUUAAGCGACGUGAACACACAUCGUUCUGAGAGUGUUCGAAUGGGACACAGAAAGUGGAUGAGAGGCAGGCAAAAAAAGGCAGAAAUCGUUCAGUGGUGGAGAGAUAACUCUCGUAAUAAUAAUAAUAAUAUUGUGUAUAUUAUACAGUAAUUCGUGGUGCUAUUUGUGAUGAUUUUUCGAAAAACGUUUAAUGUCCUUAAGUUGAAUAAGUGAAUCAGUUGUGUUUCAUCUGGCAUCGAAUUAACAUCUCUGUUUCUCGCAGCGUGGAUCGUUCGUCUCUGUUUGGUGGCUUGUUUUGUGAGCACAUUAACUCAGUGCGAAAGUGGAAGCUUUCUUAGCCAAAAAUUGCAAAUAAUAGCAAAAAAAAGAACUACUGAACUACUGAACUGCUGGAGAGUUUCAUCAAUUUCUGUUCUUCUCUUCUUUUUAAUUCGGCAUUUCCAAUUGGAAAAGUGUGUGGCCAAAGUGUCGUCGUUGUGUGUUUCCACCCCGUUUUCCGGCGCGCCCCGUUUGCAUACACCGUGAAGGUGAUUGAGACAGAGAUUUGACGACAGGAAGGGAGAUGCCCGAGUUGAGCCCAGAAGUGUUUGUGACGGACACGGCGUCCACGAAGAACAGUUUAAUCGUCGUGUCAAAUCGAUUGCCGUUCGUGCUAAAGACCAAUCCGGAAACCAAAGCUCUCGAGCGGAAGGCAAGCGCCGGCGGCCUCGUGACGGCCGUCUGUCCGGUGGUGAUCAACGGCAAUGGACUGUGGGUGGGAUGGUCCGGGAUGCACACGAAGGACGAGAAUCUCGUCAUCCCAGAGUCAGAUCCCAACGAUCACACGCCAACGGCCGGCCUGAAGUCCUCCCAGGUCGUUUGCGUGGACAUGGAUCCGCUCAUUUUCGAUUCCUACUACAACGGAUGCUGCAACGGCACCUUCUGGCCCCUGUUCCACUCCAUGCCGGGCAGGGCCAUCUUCAGCUCGGACCACUGGCGCAGCUACGUGCAGACGAACAAGGUGUUCGCGCGGCGCACCAUCGAGGCCCUGGAGAGGUGCCACGAGAAUCUCCGGGAGAAUGCGGGGACACCGAUUGUCUGGAUCCACGACUACCAUCUCAUGCUGGCGGCCAAUUGGGUGCGCGAAGCGGCCGAGGAGAAGGGCCUCGCCUUCCAGCUGGCCUUCUUCCUCCACAUCCCCUUCCCGCCGUGGGACAUCUUCCGUCUGCUGCCGUGGUCGGACGAGAUCCUGCAGGGCAUGCUGGGCUGUGACAUGGUCGGCUUCCACAUCCGCGACUACUGUCUCAACUUUGUCGACUGCUGCCAGCGCAGCCUGGGCUGUCGCGUGGACAGGAAGAACUUGCUGGUGGAGCACGGCGGGCGAUCCGUGAGGAUCCGUCCGCUGCCCAUCGGGAUUCCCUUUGAGCGCUUCGUCGAGUUGUCCAUCUGCGCCAAGCGCGUGAUCAAGACCAAGCAGCAGAUCAUCCUGGGCGUCGAUCGUCUGGACUACACCAAAGGCCUGGUGAAUCGCCUAAAGGCAUUCGAGCUCCUGCUGGAGAAGCAUCCCGAGCACCUGGGAAAUGUGAAUCUCCUGCAAAUCUCCGUGCCCUCGCGCACUGAUGUGCGGGAGUACCAGGAACUGAAGGAGGAGAUGGAUCAGUUGGUGGGCAGGAUAAAUGGGCGCUUCACCACGGCCAACUGGUCGCCGAUUCGGUACAUCUACGGAUGCGUGAGCCAGGACGAGCUGGCUGCCUUCUAUCGCGAUGCUUCCGUGGCUCUGGUCACGCCUCUGCGCGAUGGCAUGAACCUCGUGGCCAAGGAGUUUGUCGCGUGUCAGAUCAACGACUCUCCGGGCGUGCUGAUCGUCUCGCCGUUCGCCGGCGCUGGCGAGAUGAUGCACGAGGCGCUGCUCUGCAAUCCCUACGAGAUCGAUGACGCCGCCGAGGUGAUCCACAGGGCGCUGACGAUGCCCGAGGACGAGCGCAAGCUGAGAAUGAGUCGCCUGAGGCGGCGAGAGAUGGAGAACGAUGUCAAUCACUGGAUGAGGUGCUUCCUGAAGGCGAUGGGAUCCUUGGAGGAGGACGACAUCGGCACCACUUCAAUGCAGCCUGUGUCCAUUGAUGACUUCGACGAGUACCUCCUCAACUACAUCGGCUACAACCACAAGCUGGCGCUCCUGCUCGACUAUGACGGCACUCUGGCGCCCAUUGCGCCGCAUCCCGACCUCGCCAUUCUGCCGCCCGAGACCAAGAACGUCCUGCUGCGCCUGUCCAAUCACUCGGACGUGCACAUCGCCAUCGUGUCCGGCCGGAAUGUGGACAACGUGCGGCAGAUGGUGGGCAUCGACGGCAUCACCUACGCGGGCAGUCACGGUCUGGAGAUCAUUCAUCCCGAUGGCAGCAAGUUCGUGCAUCCGAUGCCCAUUGAAUUUGAGGACAAAGUCAGCCUCCUGCUCAAGGAGCUCCAGGAUUCCGUUUGCGGAGAUGGUGCCUGGGUGGAGAACAAAGGUGCCCUCUUGACAUUCCACUAUCGUGAGACUCCUGUCGAUCUGAGGUCAACGAUGGUGGAGAAGGCGCGACAGAUUAUCAAGAAGUUCGGCUUCCUCGCGCACGACGCCCAUUGCGCCCUCGAGGCGAAGCCGCCCGUGCAGUGGAACAAGGGCCGCGCCUCCAUCUACAUCCUGAGGACGGCCUUCGGCGUGGACUGGACCGAGCGCAUGAAGAUCAUCUACGCCGGCGAUGACGCCACCGACGAGGACGCCAUGCAGGCUCUCAAGGGUAUCGCGAUGACCUUCCGCGUCACCUCGUCGCACAUCGUGAAGACAUCAGCCCAGAGACGCCUGCCCUCCACGGACUCCGUGCUCACGAUGCUCAAGUGGGUGGAGCGUCACUUCAUGCGGCGCAAGCCCCGCGCGAACUCGCUCACGUACAAGAGCCGCAGGAAAGACGGACUGAAGAUGCAAAUGUGCUUCGACCUGUCGUCGCCAAAUACUCAAACGAGCAGCUCGGAUGAGCACCACGAGUAGCCAAGGGGCUCCGGGGGCCGUCCGGGUCCUCUGAGGUGUAUAAUCAACUCUAUCUUUGGGAUUUACUACAAUCAGUCGCAUGUUAUCAUGAUUUUUAUAAAGAAACACCUUAUUUGUGUAUUAAAAUGCCAUUUUUACCAACCAA